AUGGCUGGUAUUAUCGGGGCUGAUAAUCGAUUUGGCCGCGACUUCAACAACCCCGAUGCCGACAUGCAGGGUAAUAUCACCGCGCUCUACGAUAUCGGCUGUGUGGUGGGAUCGAUUGUUUGCUACUUUGUCGGAGAGCGCCUUGGACGACGGACUAUGUUGAUCUCUGGCGGUGGAAUAAUGAUUAUUGGAUCUAUUAUACUGGCGACGUCCGAGACCGUGGCACAGUUGAUUGUCGGCCGAAUCGUGACCGGCAUUGGAAACGGCAUGAACUCGUCAACUGCGCCGGUAUACCAGUCUGAGUGUGCCCCAGCUGCAUACCGAGGGGCCCUCUUAACCCUACAAGGGACGGUGACCAUCCUGGGGGUUGUCAUUGCAUACUGGAUGGACUACGGAACAAGCUUCACGGAAUCUUCUUUCCAAUGGCGCUUCCCUCUCGCCUUCCAAGCCAUCUUCGCCAUCUUCCUCGUCCUCCAAGUCAUCGGCCUCCCCGAGUCCCCCCGCUGGCUCGUCCAGCACGACCGCCACGACGAAGCCCGCGAAGUCGCCGCCGCCAUCGCAGAUAAGGAAACCAACGACCCCGAUGUCGUGCGCACAAUCCUCGACAUCCAAACAUCCCUCGAAGAAGAGCAAAAGGGCGGCCCGUUCCGGUUCAUGGAGCUCUUCACCUGGGGCGAGGAGCAGAAUCUGCGUCGGCUGCUGAUAACCAUCACCGUCGAACUCGGGCAGCAGUUCACAGGAUCCAAUAUGAUAAACUAUUACGGACCCGUCAUGUUCCAAACAACCAUGGGGAUGGGCCGGAACCUCUCCAUGAUCCUAGGCGGUGCAAUCCAGUGCACAUACCUCGUUGGCUCGGCGAUCCCAGUCCUCCUCAUGGACCGGUUCGGGCGCCGCACGCUGCUGAUGAUCUGUUCGAUUGGACUGUGUUUCUGCUUCGUCAUGGUUUCUAUCCUACUUUCACUCGGUACUACGAAUACCGCGUACGGUGCGACGGCAUUCAUCUUCAUCUUCCAGAUCUUCUACGGCAUCGGAUGGCUCCCAGUGCCCUGGUUCUAUCCGAGUGAAAUCAGCACGACGCGCACCCGAACACGCAUGCAGGCCAUUGCGUCGGGGUGGAACUGGAUGGCUGUUUUUGCAGUCGUCAAGAUCACGCCUAUUUCUUUCGCGAACAUCGGCUGGCGCACCUUCGUCAUCUUCGCCGUCCUCAACGCCGCCUUCAUCCCGAUGGUGUACUUCUUCUACCCAGAGACGAAGGGGUUGGAGCUCGAGGAUAUCCCGCUGCUGUUCAGCAAGAGAGGGUUCACGGGUGGUGUGUUUACCUCCAAGGGUGGGAGGACUGUUAUGCCCGGUCAGCAUGCAGAGCAGGCAGAUGUUAACAGGAAGGUAGAGGGAUUAGGCGUGGAGCAGAUUGAGGCUGUUGCUUAA